AUGCUGUCGAGGAUUUCCCAACUUAGCAAAAAUCUUACCGACGAAAUAUCUCGAUUCAACGACGAGGUUAGCAGUGCUAGGGUCACUAAACAGCAGCAAGACGGAACUGUUCAAUCACUCGACCCUGAAAGAGCUGCUAAGAUUAUGAGCAUCGAGACUCCUGACCCGGCCACAAUUACGAAACCCAGUGAAAUAGAUCAAGAGGAUAAUAAUAAAGGCGACAAUGUUACAGAAAACAUCAAUGGGAAUGAGAAUAUAAGCGGGAAGGAGGCUGAAGCUGCCAAUUUCGUAAAACCAGAGAGAGAAUCAUCUGUUAGCUCAGCAGAGAGUGAGAAGCCAUCUAACGGUAGCAAUUCUCGUCAUGCCGGAGUUCACGGAGUCCAGAAAUUGUAUGUUUCCGGAACUAAAGUCAAGUUCUCGGAGCUACCCAAUGAGAUUGUCCCGUUACUUCUUAAGUUUUCAAAAUAUGAACGAUUGUAUCCGCAACUAUAUCAGGCAUACAAAGUGGAAAAGGAGAAGAGCGUGAUUAUUAAAGGAUUUGAAACAGUUUUGAAGGAGACUACUCCUUGCACUGGUAUUAGCGAGAUGGAGGUUUUUAAGGAGUAUUUAGAGGGUCUUUCUAAGAAAGCUGACAUUUUAAGUCAGCAACUUAGAGAAAAAGCAAACAGUGCCUCUUCAUUGAAGAAAGAAAAGGACUCUCUAUUGAAAACAGUUAAUGAAGUCAGAAAUGAGAACAAAGACUUUAAAGAUCAAUUGAAUAGCGCCAGAGAGGAGAUAAAGGGUAUAGAAAAGACGAAGGAAACCUUAGAUAUUGUUCAGAAAGAUAAUGAGAGGCUUGAAAAGGAGAUCAGAAAGCUUAAGCAGGAGAAAGAGAUCCAGAAAUCCCAAGAGGACAAAUAUAAUGAUGACGAGCCAGCAAAUGCUAAGAAAACUGAAAUUGUUCUUUCUGAAAAUUCCACAUUGGAGACUAAUAAUGAAUCCUUAGAGUUAAUAAUUGCAGAUUUGAAGAAGCAAGUGAGUGCAAAUCAAGAAGAGAUUGAAAACUUGAGAGAUAUGCUUAGAGAUGUUGGCGACGAGCUUGUAGAGAGUCAAAAGAAAGUGAAAAGGCUUGAAAAUGGAGUUGGCGAGUACCAAUUGGAGGAGAAAAUAGAUGCAAAUAAUGCUGAGUUAGAGAUUUUGCGCAUUCAGAAUGCCGAGGCAUUGAAAGACUAUGAGCAGACGAAAAGAUCAUUGACUAAGAAGUAUCAAAGCUGUCUUAAUGAGAAUGAUAAGCUCCGGAAACAGCUGGAUGAUGCCGAAAAAGAGAAAGAGAAACUCGAUAGAAAGAUUAACGAUUUGCAGGAAGAGAGCCAGAAAUUUCAAAGGGAGGCUAAUCAAUCUAAUACUUUCAAAGAGAACGGAGAGAAAAAUAUAGCUCUCGUUAAGGCAAAGGAGAAGGAAAUCGGCGACAAGGCAAAUAGAAUUGAAAUACUACAAGAGGAGAAAGACAAACUAAACGAGGCUCUAGUUGAUCUAAGAGUUCAAGUUAAACAACUAGAGUACGAAACUAAGAUCAGUGUUGAUUCCAAAGAAAAGAUAGCGAACCAACUUAAAUCUGCCAAAAGCCAUCAAAACGAGAUGGAAUUAAGGAUGAAUAAAGUGGCUGCCGAAAACAAUAAACUUGUUAAGAAGAUUGAGGAAUUACAAGAUAAAUAUAGCGAGGCCAAGGAUUAUAAAACGACGAACGACACGGAGGUGGAUUCGCUGAAGAGAAGAAUUGAGGAGGCUUUGAUGAGAAGUAAGGAAUACGAGAGCAGAAUAGACGUUCUAGAGGAGGAGCUAUCUCAAUCCAGAUCGAUGUUACAGGAGAGAACCAGAGAGGCAGGUACGAUGAGAAAACUUGUAAUGGAUACAGAGCAAAAUAGAAACACCAAGAUCCAGGAAUUAGAGGCUAAGUUGGAUGCAGCAUUAGAGGAGAAGGAUACAACAGAAAGCACCAGCACAAUUACUGUAAGGGAAAGUCAGAAGCUCAUAGAGGAACUGAGGCUGAAGCUUCGAACCUUAAAUAGCGACUGCGAUCGUUUGAAGAAAGACAACGCCAAUCUAGAAGCAAGUCUAAAGAGCAGUCAGACAAAACCGAAGCAGGCGACGGAUGUGCCCACUUCUCUGACUGCAUUCGGUAAUGAUCGUGAUGACGAUUAUACACAGAAGAUGACCGAUGCUCUAAGGGCCUCUUUGAAAGAAAAUGAGCAACGGCUAAGGAAAUUUGAGGAGAUCAACAAGGUGCUCCAGAGAUCGAGCAAUGAUAAUGCACAAAAAUUGGUAAGAAUGAACAAGAAGUACAAACUACUUACACAGCAGUACAAGAUACUAAGAUCUAGUGCUGCUUCUGGGGAGAAAGUUUCAUCAUACUCGGCCAGCCCCGGGGAUACAGAUAUGUCUAGUGGAAGACGUGAGAGUAUUGCUUCUUCGAUCGAGGCACCUACAGUUCCAACUGGAACGCAACAUGGAGACAAGGACAAGGAGAAAUCCACCUACAUUAAAAACGUGCUUUUUGGAUUUCUAGAGCACAGAGAUCAGAGAGAAAUGCUUCUACCGGUGAUGAAGGCACUUUUAGGGUUGGAUGAUGAGGAUGAAAAGAAGUUCAUGGAACUAUUAAAGUAG